UUUAACAAUGCAGAAUCAGGAUCUGAUUUUGUGUGUAUCAACUGAUAGAAUUAUUGUAGAGACUGUCCCUCCAAAACGCCCAUUUCUCCUGUGUUCCCCAGAUCAACUCCUUAUUUGGUUUUGUUGUUCUUUUUCUCACUUUCCCAAUCCCCUUCCCAAAAAAAAAAAAAAGAAUGAUCCCCUGCCCAAUAGGUCGAUACAUAUGCAAGGCCCUCAAAGUGCAAUCAAAAAGGAAAAAGCAAAACAAAUCCAUUCAAACAAAAGUAGAUGAGCCAAAAAAAUGACGGCAGACAAAAGUCGACACGUUUUCAAGGUAACAACACCGUUCGUUACCCGCAAACAGGUCUCUAUAAAGCAGUUAUGCAGCAGCGAGUGAGUGAGUGGUCUUCGACAUCCAUCCCCGGGGGAACUUUUUCCAGUCUCAAUCUAAAUCAGCACCAUCACCCCGACCACAAUGCCUCCGACCAGCGACAGAGCCGAGGCGACCAGCUUCGUGCUCCCGCUCGUGGUAAGACCGUUUGUGGCGCUCGGAGCGGCCGGGGCGGCACCACCACCCUCGCCGCCGCCGCCGCCACCGCCACCGCCGCUGCUGCCACCGCUCCCGCCGUUACCUCCGCCGGAGGUCGCCGAGUGGGUGGCCUUCGGGCUGGUGGUGUUGACGAACCCGGAGCUGGGCGUCGUCGCGGGCACGACGGAGGGGGUCACGAUCGCGGGCGGCGCCGUGGUCAGGGGGAUGACGGGCACGGUGGCCGGCACGGUGGCCGGCACGCUGGAGUUGGCGGGAAUGGGGAACGGGGCCACGACGACCGCCGGGACGGUGGUUGCAGUGGGUUCCUCUGUCGCGGCGGGGGUCUCGGCCGUACUGAGGACGACGGCGGGCGCUUGGGUCGUGGGCUGUUGCUCGGUCUGCACGGGCACCGGAAUGGGUUCGGUGGCGCCGGCGGGCGUGGUGGGGAUGCUGAUGGGGAUGGUGGUGGGCGUAGUGUCGGGCUGCGUGGCGUUCUGGCGCGCGUAGAUGUUGCCGUGGCGGGCGUGGGCUUGGGCGGUGCCCGCUGCGAUGGCCAGGGCCACUGCGAAAUGGUUGGAGAUGUGCAUUGUGGUGUUCCUUUGCUUUGGGAGGGGAACUUAAAACAGCAGUGAUUUGACUGGGACUGGGACUGGGACUGUUUUGCUUGAAGCAAAGAUGAUGAGGAAAGAUGGACGAUUGACGAUGAGGCAAGGAUGAGAGAGGUUGUGAUGGGGAAGGAAGCUUUAUAGCUUUUUUCUAUCGAUCGAAUCCGGUAGCUGGUCCUCGGGACUUUGGCCUGGCUGUUGUUGCUUUCGUUUUGGGGUUGUUUGUUUGAUUCUAAACAUCCCAUCUUGAGUGGUGAAGAAGUCCAUUGUUCGAGGCCAGAUUCGACAUAACACAGUACUGCAUUCGGAGAAGCAAAACAGACGCCGGGCUCGAUGCAGAGAUGCUCUCAAUACUGAUGGAUCCGGAUCAGGUUCCAUGGCCUGUCCACGGUGGU